AGAGAGAGAGAGAGAGAGAGAGAGAGAGAGAGAGGGAGACGGGUAUCACACUGCAGACGUACAGCCGCUGUCACUGCUCCACAGCCAGAGGACAGAAGAAACAGCAGCAAACGACAACAGCUACGAUGGAGGAAGCAGACUCUAUCAUUCAUCUGAAGCCUCGUCCUAUUCAUUGAAACCACAUCUCUCUGGGACCAUCCUGCCAAGAGAGGACGAGGAGAGGGAAAGAGUAAGAAAGGAAGGAGAGAGGGCGAAAGGAGUAGAGGGAAUCUCACUCUGCCCUUCAAAAGGGGGUGGCACAGUCCCUUACUCCUGUCGGACUAAAUUACGCAUACAAACAGUCGUACUUAGCUUAGCUUUGGAUGAUUUGGGGCUGUUUCCGUUUUCUGGUGACAUUCUGGACUGAGUGGAUUUACUUUGCUCCUGUGGAGGACCAUGGGGCUGUGCUGGAAAAGCACACAGAUCCCUCACAUAAGGACAGGGGAUUGCCGGUACCUGCAGGUGACAAUACUGUUGUUCUGUGGCAUCUGGAAAGCAGCCCACACACAGACAGCAGACAACAGCAAGUCUGUCUACUUCUGGGAAACAGGGCCAUGGGGCAGGUGCAUGGGCAGUGACUGUGGUCCAGGAGGCAGCCAAAGCAGGGCUGUGUGGUGUGCCCAUGUUGAUGGCUGGACUACCCUCCACACCAACUGUGAUCAGGCCCAGCGGCCAUCCAAUCAACAGAACUGCUUCCGUGUCUGUGACUGGCACAAGGACCUCUAUGACUGGCAGCUUGGCGCCUGGAACGUAUGCGUGCCAGUGUCAGCCAGGACCUUUGGAGGCCUGCGGCCAAAAGUGUGCGCUGGGGGCGAAGAGGGCACCCAGACUCGGGAGGUGGGUUGUAUACUCAAGUCAGAUGGAGCGCCCGCAGAGGAUAUCAUCUGUGAGUACUUUGAACCCAAGCCUCGUUUGGAGCAGGCCUGCCUCAUUCCCUGCCCCCAGGACUGUGUUGUGUCCCAGUACUCCCCCUGGACUUCCUGCUCCAAAACAUGUGGGACAGGCCUGCAGAAUCGGGUCAGGAGUGUCCUGGUGCCCCCACUGUUUGAGGGAGCCGCCUGCCCCAACCUGACCGAGUUCCAGACCUGUAGAACAGCAACUUGCAAGGGGCCCGAGGGGAUGUACAGCAUGAAGAUUGGGUCCUGGAGCCCCUGUUUCGUGCCUGAGAGCCGGCCGGUGCGCCAGGCAAAGCGCAGGAAGGGAAAGGGAUCCGGGACCAGGGAGAGACCAGUGUUUAAAGACCCUGAGACCAGAGAGCUCAUCCAGAAGAAGAGAACAAGGAACCGGCUGAACCGACAGGAAAGCCCAUUUUGGGACAUCCAGGUGGGCUACCAGACCCGCCAAGUCACUUGCACACACAGGAACGGAAGCACCAUAGGACUGAGUCACUGUAUACCAAGGGACCUGCCUCUGACAGUCCAGUCAUGCCUGCUCUCCAGAGACUGUGAGCUGAGUGAAUGGUCAAACUGGGGCACCUGCACCAAGGCCUGCAUGGAUCCCAAGUCCCUCAGGGACCAGCGCUCCCGCAGCAGACAAGUUGUCCAGUUCCCUGUGGGAGAGGGCCAGGACUGCCCCUCUCUAGAGGAGACUGAGGCCUGUGAGCCUGAGGGGGAUAGAGUUCCCCCAUGCGCCAUCUACACCUGGAGGACCACUGAGUGGAGCGAUUGCCGAGUGGACUUGUUGCUAAGCCAACAGGACCGUCGGCGUGGCAACAUGACGGGUCUGUGCGGGGGUGGUCUCCAAACCAGGGAGGUUUACUGUGUUCAGGCUAACGCUGAGCUGCUUACCUACCUCAACAACCUCAAAGAGAAAGAAGAGGGUCAGGCCCAAAGUCAGCAGAUGCCUAGUGUACCCCCUCUCCUCUCUGUCAGCUUUGAGAUCACAGAAUCCCCUCCGGUGGACAGCAAAUUGUGUGAGGGUCGUGUCCCCAACACAUCCCAACUGUGUAUCACCCCCUGUCCAAUUGAGUGUGAGGUGUCUCCGUGGGGAGCUUGGGGACCCUGCACCUUUGAGAACUGUGACGACCAAGCCGGGAAAAAAGGUUAUAAAAUCAGGACACGACAGAUUGCCAACAAACCAACGGACGGGCCAGGAGCCUGCCCACACCUGUUGGAGGCGGUGCCAUGUGAUGACCCCAGCUGCCAUGACUGGCAACUGGUUAGCCUGGAGCCGUGUAUUCCUGACAAUGAGAAGGAGUGUGGCCCAGGAUUGCAGACACCUCAGGUCCAAUGCGUCAACAGCAACGGUGAGCUGGUGGAGAGUGAUCAAUGUGGAGGAAUUCCAGCCCCAGAGCCAAUCCCCUGUGAAGUGCCAUGUUCCAGGGACUGUGUCCUCAGUGACUGGACUCCUUGGUCAACCUGCUCCCAGACCUGCUCCAGUAAGACCAUCGAGGGAAAACAGAUGAGGACACGUUCGAUACUGGCCUACAAUGCUGGGGAAGGUGGCUCUUUGUGUCCCAACAGCAGUGCUCUCCAGGACAUGCGUAACUGUAAUGAACAUGCGUGCACCGUAUACCACUGGCAGACUGGUGUCUGGGGGCCCUGCACUGAAGACCCCUCAGCCUUGGCCCUUAACACCACCACCGUUACAAACCUCAAGGUCGUUGCCAACCCCGCUGACCAGGUUUCCUGCUCCAUGGGAAUGCAGACCCGCAAGGUCAUCUGUGUCCGGGUGAACGUGGGACAGGUGCCACCGAAAAAGUGUCCUGAGGGUCCUCGUCCAGGCACAAUGCGGCCCUGUCGACUAGCCUGUAAAAAGGAUUGCAUUUUGACCCCUCUCAGUGACUGGACACCAUGCCCACCAGCUUGUGAUGCAGCUGGUAACAUUGUGAAGAGGAAACAAUAUCGGUACCGGCUCAUCAUCCAGCUACCAGCCAAUGGAGGCCAAGACUGUCCAGAGGUUCUGAAGGAGGACAAGGACUGUCCGGCUCCAAAAGUCUGUCCUGGUUUUAGGUGGAAGUCCCACAAAUGGAGGAGAUGUCAGCUGGUGCCCUGGUUUAUCAGACAAGACAGUCCAGGUGCUCAAGAGACAUGUGGACCAGGACUUCAAACAAGAGCGGUAUCCUGUCGCCAGCUAGACGGAACGCAGGCAGACAUUGGAGAGUGUCUGAAGUUUGCCAAUUCCAUGCCCCUUAUCUCUCAGCCCUGCCAGCUCCCCUGUCAGGAUGACUGUCAGCUUACCAACUGGUCUAAGUUCUCCUCCUGCACAGCUGACUGUGUGGGGGUCCGAACCAGAAGGAGGAUGCUUAUAGGACGAAGCAAGAAGAAAGACAAGUGUAAGAACACCCAGAUGUACCCUCUGAGUGAGACCCAGUACUGCCCGUGUGACAAGUACAAUGCCCUGCCUGUAGGCAACUGGUCUGACUGCAUCUUGCCAGAGGAUGGCCGCGUGGAGAGCAUUCUGGGCAUGAGAGUCCAGGGUGACAUCAAAGAGUGUGGCCAGGGUUACCGUUACCAGGCGAUGGUGUGUUACGAUCAAGAAAACAGACUGGUAGAAACUUCACGCUGCAACAGCCAUGGCUACCUUGAGGAGGCAUGCAUCAUCCCCUGUCCAUCUGACUGUAAACUGAGUGAGUGGUCCAACUGGUCACGCUGCAGCAAGUCAUGUGGCAGUGGGGUGAAAGUUCGCUCCAAGUGGCUCAGAGAGAAACCCUACAAUGGUGGACGGCCCUGCCCCAAACUGGACCACAUCAACCAGGCCCAGGUGUAUGAGGUGGUGCCCUGCGCGAGUGACUGUACCCAAUAUGUGUGGCUGGCUGAGCCUUGGAGUGUGUGGAAGGUCAGCAACGUUGACCUGAAGGAGAACUGUGGAGAGGGUGUCCAAACAAGAAAAGUCAGGUGCAUGCUGAACACUAUAGAUGGUCCAGCAGACCCAGUGGAGGACUACCUGUGUGACCCAGAGGAGAUGCCUCUGGGGGCGAGGGAGAGUCGGCUGCCUUGCCCUGAAGACUGCGUCCUCUCCGACUGGAGCUCCUGGAGCACCUGCCGCCUGCCCUGCACAAGGAACAACAAUCGGAUUCGGACAGCGUAUCCUCUUAGAGCCCCAGGGGUGGGUAGAGAUUGUCCAGAAACCACAGAUAAAGACCCUUGUCACCUGAAUGCAAACUGCUUCAAUUACUUCUACAACAUUACAGGUAAACAAUACGUCACCAGACAUUAUACUGGCAAAUUCUACUGUGUCUGUUUCCGUACAUCUUUAUUUACGGUGGUGGAGUGUCCUGUCAACUGUCAGAUGUCUGAGUGGUCGGCCUGGUCAGUGUGUUCCCAGAUGUGUGGACUGGAAGGUAGGAUGUGGCGGAGGCGCAUCGUGGUGCAGGCGUCCCAGGGGGACGGACGCCCCUGCCCCACUCAGAUGGAGCAUUGGAAACCCUGUCCAGUCAGACCUUGCUAUCGCUGGGAGUACAGCCCCUGGUCCGAAUGCAGAGUGGAGGAUGUGGUGUGUGGAGAUGGCUUGCGCUUCAGGAACUUGACCUGCUAUGUAUCGGAUGGCUCAGGCCAGGGUGAGGGCAGCCUAGUGGACGAGGAGUUAUGUAGCGGCCUGGAGCUAGCUGUCAAUGGAGACACAGAGAUCACACUAAAAGAGGCCUGCACUCUCCCCUGCCCAGGUGAAUGCUACUUGAUGGAGUGGUCAGACUGGAGUUCAUGCGUAAGCAUGUGUGUCAAGGGAGCUGGGGUCGACUUUGGUUCAGUCCAGGUGCGUUCGCGGGCUGUCAUGGCCCAGGAACCGGAGAACUUGCAGCUGUGUCCAGAUCAGGACUGGGAAUCCCGCCGCUGCACUGAUGGCAAGUGUUAUGAAUACAAGUGGAUGAGCAGCACAUGGACAGGAUCUUCUCGCCUCACCUGGUGUCAACGCUCUGAUGGACUCAACGUCACAGGAGGAUGUUCCCCCAUUAAUCCCCCUGUGGACAACAGCUCCUGCGACCCUCCGUGUCUGAUGCCAAAGUCCUUCUGCACCGAGGCUGGUGUUUGCAUGUGCGACGAAGGCUACACGGAGGUGCUGUCCACCGAUGGCUUGCUGGAGCGCUGCACCCCCAUCCCCAUCCUGGAGAUCCCCACUGCUGGGGACAAGAGAGGGGACGUGAAGACUAGUCGUGCUAUAAACCCCACCCUUCCUACCACCAUCCAGCCUGGACGCUCCGGACGCACUUGGUACCUGCAGCCCUUUGGACCAGAUGGGAAGCUGAAGAUAUGGGUGUACGGUGUGGCAUCAGGAGCUUUCGUGCUCCUCAUAUUCAUAGUGUCUAUGAUAUACCUAGCAUGCAAAAAGCCAAAGAAACCACAGAGACAGAGACAGAACAACCGACUGAAGCCUCUGACUCUAGCCUAUGAUGGGGAUGCCGACAUGUAGCCCCUGGAUUAUGUUCUUCCUCCCAUCACCUUAACCUCUCACAUCUACCCCAUAGUAGAAAGGAAAACUGUGGAAAUCAGAUUAUUCUCUCAAUUACUCUUUUAUUACAUGCCCCCAUAGGUGGGAAAAUAGGGAUUAACUAUUUUAUUAACCAAGACUGAUUUUGACUCAAACCAUUUUAUGUAGUUCUCUUUAAUUACACUAUUAUUGCUUUUUUAUAUUUUCUUAUGCAAGAGAAUUCAGCACCUCCUCCUCUACAAUGCCUUUUUUGUUCGCCCCUUUUAUCAGCCAAGACUGAUUCCAAAACGGAAGGGCUGCAUCCUGCAAAGAGAGACAAACUUUGUUGUCUUUGAACACCAACAGCACAAGCUCGAACUCUUUCCUCAUGCUUUCUGCUUGUCACUGAAAAUGCAGAGUGGCCAGAGGCUCAGGAUGCUCUGACGGUUUGCACAUUGCCAAAAGUCACCGCGGGGAAGAGGAGGGAGAAAAUCUCCAUAAAAGGCUUGGAUGUCUGUUCUCUAAACUCAACUGGAUUUAAAUUCAACUCCCUUUCUCUCUUUCUGUCUCAAGCUAAGUACAAGUGGUUUUGGUCGAUUCCUUGGCAGCAGCCUGUUUGGAAGAAUGAACAUGCAACUGUGCAGAGCAGAUGAGGAAUACAAUCACUCGGUAGUGGAACUAUCGCCUCCCCCCCAUUCUUUUGUUUCAGGCACAAUAUCGCACUAUAUUAGUGCUGCAUGAUAUGCA